UCACACAGAAUUUCGGAAUCAAGAAUACAGAGUCCCUGUUAUCGACCAAGCUUUAGACCUUUCUGGCACCGCUUUCGGUCGAUAUUCACCGAUCGAUCAAUGCAAGCUUGAUCGGUGACUUGGAUGCGUCUCUCUGGACGGGGAAGUGCAGGACCGUGUCAUGGAGUCGAUGGACUAAUUUCGAGCUUGUUCUGAAGAGGCAAUUGGCUUCUGCUUCAAUGCUGGCAAAAAUUUAAUGUGCUAACCCUGGCUGGAUCCGCACCGGGAAAUCUAGGCAGGGACAAAUUUAGCAGUCUGGACAUGGAUGCGAUCUGAACAUUGAAAGUCGGCCACGGCGAAAAUCUGAUGUGCGAUCAAUAAUUGCCCGGUGUCAGAGGAUAGAAAUAUAGAUCUGGGCGGAAAUGGCGUUCGUGAGCCCCCAGCUAGCGACGCUUGAGCAAAGCCUGAGGGAGAGCUUGCAGAAAGAAGCAGCGGAUAGUCAGAAAAGACAGAGAGCCGUGGAGUUGCAGAGAGAAACAUGGGAACAGAAUCGACAGGUGCUCACGGUUCCGGAAGAAUUGAGCACCAGUGGAAAGGAAGGAGGGGACAAGAAACAGCAGACGGAGGAAGACGCAUCGAUCUUGACUACACACGCGAGGGAGGCGGCGAUCGAAAAGCGUAAGCUGCAGGUGAAGGAGAAGGUGCAGUUUCAGUUGAAUCGCGUUAGUAACGAAGCCAGAAGGCUGGACGAGCUUCGUCGAGAACUGGACAGUCUGGAGGAUCCAACGAGGAGGGAAGUUUCUGAUAUCAGAAAAAAAAUAGAGACCGUCGAUAGGGAGCUUAAGCCUUUGAAGCAGUUGUGUGAACGAAAGGAAAAGGAGCUGAAGGAAGCGGUGUUGGCACACAAUGACAAAACUAAGCUGAAAACGGAACUUGUCAGCAGAUUAAUGGAGAUUGUGACAACCAGCGAGAGAGUCAGGAUGCAAAAGCUAGAGGAGCUCAAUAAUCAUCUUGAGCAGAUGGAGAAAAUGAGUGGGCGUGCCCUAUGAUUCUCCGUCAUCAACAAGCUAAUGGCGCGAACGUCAUCAUUUUGGCGAGAUUAUGUAAAAUCUGUCCAUUUAUCAUUUUUUGGUCAUUGUGAAGUACAAUCUCUCCUUUGAAUCGACCCUCCCUUGGAAUAUGGCUGUGAAUUGUUCAAAGAAUGAUUUCCUAUGUUUAGGAUUUGCAAAAGCAGACCUAGUUCAAGCUGGCAAAACUUAAUGCAUCCCUUCGGUUUGAGACCCCAUCGUCGUCAGUCCCUAUAAUCACUUCUCACCAGAAGAGUUAAGUUGUUCUUAUGUCAAACUUUCCUCACUGAUGCAAAUAUUCAUUUCAAAGAUCCUAGUUGAUGAAUCACAGAUUUUCACUUGUGUAAAAUAGCACCAAACCAA